AUGUGGUUGCACGUGAUACUCCUUUUCGUUUGGAGCAAUCUUACUAACGCAGAAAUAGAUCGACGACGUUUCUCAAACCCGACCUAUUACAAUGUAGGAGGGGUCUUGUCUAGUAACGAGUCAAUUGCAUUCUUCAAGGACACCAUAUCCAAUCUUAAUUUCAAGGACAAGUACGUUCCGCGCGGCGUUACCUACCACGACUACUCAAUUUUGAUGGACCCUAAUCCUAUAAAGACGGCUCUUAAUGUUUGCAAGGACUUAAUCGGACAUCGUGUGUACGCAGUAAUCGUCUCCCAUCCACUUACCGGAGAGCUCUCUCCAGCUGCUGUGUCGUAUACAAGCGGGUUCUAUCAUAUACCGGUAAUUGGUAUAUCAUCCAGAGACUCUGCAUUCUCAGACAAGAACAUCCACGUUUCCUUCCUACGAACUGUCCCGCCGUAUUCCCAUCAGGCCGACGUCUGGGUUGAUGUGUUGAAGCAUUUUAAUUAUAUGAAAGUUAUAGUUAUACACAGUUCAGAUACGGACGGCAGAGCUAUACUUGGCAGAUUUCAAACUACAUCACAGAGUAUUGACGAGGACGUGGACCGCAAAGUGGUAGUGGAACAGGUAAUAGAAUUCGAACCCGGCCUCGACGCUUUCAGCGACCGCCUCAUUGACGCCAAGAGCGCACAGGCCAGGGUCUUCCUCAUGUAUGCCAGUAAAACUGACGCCGAGAUAAUAUUCCGCGACGCGACCUACCUGAACAUGACGACAACAGGCUACGUGUGGAUGGUGACGGAGCAGGCACUGGACGCCGCCAACGCGCCCGAGGGGCUGCUCGGCCUCCGCCUAGUCAAUGCCACUAACGAACACGCGCAUAUACAAGACUCUAUCUACGUACUAGCUUCUGCAAUACGUGAUAUGAACAAAUCAGAGGAGAUCCACGCGCCACCGUCAGACUGUGAUAAUUCUGGUUCUAUCUGGACUACUGGACGGUUGUUGUUCGACUACAUACGUCGUCAGAGCUUAGAGAAUGGCGCUACUGGACACGUGGCAUUUGACGAUCAUGGAGAUAGAGUGCACGCGGAAUAUGAUAUGGUUAAUGUACGCGCGCAAGGAGAACACGUGGCUGUUGGCAAAUAUUUCUAUUCUAAGGAUACACAAAAGAUGCGACUCGAACUGAAAGAACACGAGAUCAUUUGGAUGGGACGAAGCUCGUCGAAACCCGAAGGAUUUAUGAUACCAACACACCUUAAGGUACUAACAAUAGAAGAGAAGCCAUUCGUAUACGCGCGUCGUGUCGACUAUGAAGUGGACUGUACCCCAGAGGAAAUACCUUGCCCGCACUACAAUACUAGUGACGAUACUGACCUUAUGUACUGCUGUAAAGGUUUCUGCAUGGAUCUACUGCGCUAUCUGUCUAAAGCCAUCAACUUCACCUACUCUCUAGCGCUGUCCCCUGAUGGUCAGUUCGGAAACUACAUAAUACGCAACUUCUCCGUGCCUGGCGCUAAGAAGGAAUGGACUGGUCUUAUUGGUGAAUUGGUGUACGAACGCGCAGAUUUAAUCGUUGCUCCAUUGACAAUAAAUCCUGAACGUGCAGAAUUCAUAGAAUUCAGUAAGCCGUUCAAGUAUCAAGGUAUAACUAUUUUGGAGAAGAAGCCAUCUCGUUCCUCAACUCUGGUAUCAUUCUUACAACCAUUUUCAAACACAUUAUGGAUACUAGUGAUGGUAUCGGUCCACGUGGUGGCGCUAGUGUUGUACCUGCUCGAUAGAUUCUCGCCGUUUGGAAGAUUCAAACUGGCCAAUAUCGAUGGCACGGAAGAGGACGCCUUGAAUCUAUCCAGUGCUAUUUGGUUCGCAUGGGGCGUGUUGCUGAAUAGCGGUAUUGGUGAAGGUACUCCCCGCAGUUUCUCGGCGCGUGUGCUGGGCAUGGUAUGGGCGGGUUUCGCAAUGAUCAUUGUGGCCUCGUACACCGCCAACCUCGCCGCGUUCCUAGUGCUCGAGCGCCCUAAGACCAAGCUCACAGGAAUCAAUGACGCUAGAUUACGUAACACAAUGGAGAACUUGACAUGCGCUACAGUCAAAGGGUCGGCUGUGGAUAUGUACUUCAGACGACAAGUGGAACUAUCCAACAUGUACCGUACAAUGGAAGCAAACAACUACGAUAAUGCUGAACAAGCCAUACAAGAUGUUAAAAACGGUAAGCUGAUGGCAUUCAUCUGGGACUCUUCGCGGCUUGAGUUCGAGGCGGCUCAGGACUGCGAACUGGUGACAGCGGGCGAGCUGUUUGGCCGUUCCGGCUAUGGCGUAGGGUUGCAGAAGGGCUCGCCCUGGGCGGACCUUGUCACACUCGCUAUACUCGACUUUCAUGAAAGUGGCAUCAUGGAAUCUUUGGACAAUCAAUGGAUUUUGAGGAACAACAUGCUCAACUGCGAGGAAAACGAAAAAACACCGAAUACGUUGGGUUUGAAAAACAUGGCGGGCGUGUUUAUACUCGUGUUGGCGGGAAUUAUCGGCGGGAUUGUGCUGAUUAUCAUUGAGGUGGUUUACAAACGUCAUCAGAUACGCAAACAGAAGAGGAUGGAGAUAGCGCGGCACGCUGCCGACAGAUGGCGCGGCGCCAUUGAGAAGCGCAAGUCACUCCGGGCUUCCAUAAUGCCGUCGCAACGACGCGCCAAGUCCAACGGCGUCAAAGAAGCGGGUAGCAUCAGCUUGGCGGUGGACAGGGGCGUCAGGAGACGAGAUGAGCCACGUAUACCAAGAUAUCUGCCCGCUUAUACGCCUGAUGUAUCACAUCUUGUAGUUUAAACGCGAUUGUACUUACAUACAUACAUAACUGUCGUUUUUGACAGCCGUGACAUUUGUAUUGACGCAUUGUUGGCUCUGUUUUUUCAAAGACAAUGUAAAGGAUGACAAUACAAUCAGUGCAGUGGAAACCCAAAGUAAUAUUAACAUUUGUACAGAACUGUACCUUUAAUUAUACUAUCACGUACUGUACUUACAAAACUAACCAACCAAUUUUAGACAUGUCGUACUUAGUAGUUUG